UCACAUACUCCUCCCAUCUCCCAUGUUUACGUCAAAUCCUUCCCAGCAGCGGAUGUUGUUGGAAAAGGGGUGCUACAAACGUCAACGUAUGAGUUAAAAACCAUCGAAAAGUUAUCAGAGCUGAUAUUUCCAUCAUCACCGAGGAUACAGAAGAACCGCUGCUUGAACAUCAGCACAGUGUGAGGAGAGCUCCCUUCUCUGGCCUCCUUCCAGGGAACAAACAUGUCCAGUGACCCCCCUCCUCCAUACCCCGGAGGCCCCAGUGCCCCAUUUCUUGGGGAGAAAAAUGGACAACCUUCAGUUCCUGCAGCCAGUGCUCCAGUAACGACAGGACCUCCACAAGGACAUCCGCUGCCUCCAGAAUAUGGACCUCCACCUUAUGAAGCCACACUUCAGCCUGGCUUUGUUCCUCCGCAUGUCCCAGGAGAAGGUCACAUGCCUAAACCUGUGCAUAUGUCAAUGCCCAUGCCUCAUCCUCACGGUGUUUACUAUGCUCCACCUGGACACUUUCCUCAUCCGAUAGCCGAGCACUAUGGCCCGGGUCCCAGUCACUUUGCUCCAGGUCACACAGCCACAGUUCUCGCCCCUCCUGGUGCCACCACCACCACUGUGACUGUUCUACAGGGGGAGAUGUUCCAAGCGGCUCCAGUGCAGACGGUUUGUCCACACUGCCAGCAACCCAUCGUCACUCGCAUCAGCCACGACAUCGGCUUCACAAAUACUCUUAUCUGUAUGUUCUGCUUCUUUGUCGGGUGUGAUCUAGGUUGCUGCUUGAUCCCCUGUUUUAUCGAUGAGCUCAAGGAUGUGACACACACUUGCCCGAACUGCAAGGGCUAUAUUUACACAUAUAAGCGCAUAUGCUAACAGUUUAUCCCAUCAGCAAUCAUGCUGUGUCCUCGUUCUGAUGGGUGUAGACGACCCCUUUUCAUUUCCCUCUGUUCUCUGUGGUCA